UUGGAACUAUAUUUUGUGCGUAGUCGAGGAGGUGGAAGUGCACCGUGGCACGGCUCAGUCCUGAAGGAAAGAUGGCAGAAGAAGGUAAAACAGCUGCUGCGUCCAGCGAGCCAGCUGGAGAGGAAAAGGCAAGUGAACCGGCGCCAGAACCAGCCAAGGAAAUGCGGGCGUGUGUACUUACGGGCUUCGGAGGCUUGAAAACGGUGAAGGUGCAGAAGAAGCCAGAACCAACGGCUGGAGAGGGAGAAGUCCUCAUCAGAGUUCGAGCAGGAGGAUUGAAUUUCUUGGACUUGAUGGUGAGGCAAGGUGCUAUUGACAACCCGCCCAAAACUCCAAUCAUAAUGGGGUUUGAGUGUGCUGGUGAGAUAGAAGCAGUUGGAGAGGGAGUCCAAGACUUGAAGGUGGGCGACCACGUGAUGGCACUGUCGGAGUUCUGCGCCUGGGCGGAGCUGGUUGCCGUGCCGGCGAAGCACGUUUACAAGAUGGCGGCCGGCAUGACAUUCCACGAGGCGGCGGCGAUCCCGCUGAACUACGCCGUCGCCUACAUCAUGCUGUUCGAGAUCGGCAACCUGCGGGCUGGCAAGUCGGUGCUCGUGCAUUCUGUCGGAGGAGGAGUGGGCCACGCAGUGUCGCAGUUGUGCAAGACGCUAGACAACGUGACGCUGUUCGGCACAGCUUCCAAGGGCAAGGAAGAGGCCAUAAAGGAAAACGUGACCCAUCUGUUUGACCACAGCAUCGAUUACGUGCAAGAGAUCAGGAAGAUAUCGCCAGAAGGGGUAGACCUGGUGCUCGAUUGCCUGUGUGGCGACGACGCCAACAAGGGUUACACCCUGCUGAAGCCGAUGGGUAAAUACAUCCUGUACGGCACCUCGAACAUCGUCACCGGCGAGACGAAGAGCCUGUUUAGCCUCGCCAAAUCUUGGUGGCAGGUGGACAAGGUGAGCCCGAUCAAGCUGUACGACGAGAAUCGCUUCAUCGGCGGCAUCAUGCUGCGUCACCUGCUGUUCAGGCAGGGCCAGCAUGAGUACGUGCGCACCAUCAUGGAGAAGGUCGUCGCGCUGUUCACCGCCGGAAAGAUCCGCCCGCACAUCGACUCCACCUGGGCCUACGAGGACGUCCAAGAGGGAAUGCAGAAGAUGCAUGACCGCAAAAAUAUUGGCAAGAUUCUUCUAGACCCAACCCAGGAGCCGAAGCCCAAGGACGUGAAGAAGCCAGCAGAGGCUGCUCCUGACGCAGCAGCCAAUGGUGAGAAGGACAGCAAGAACGAGGGCUCGCCAGAAGGGCAGGAAACCCAGGAGUAGAGGUGUCGACGUGAAGAAUGGCAGGAUAUAUUGGCGACGCCUCACGCGUGCACGUACGAUCCAUUCUGAGCAGGCGGCGGUAGAUGUAGCGACGUUCGCGCGUUAACGUUGGGCGUGGUGGGAGAAGUAACUUGCUGGGGAGGGGCGACAGUAAGCUGCACGAAGCCAAUGCAAUGCUCAAGGGAUGGCUGCUCGCGAUGGAUACACGUGCUAUUGGCGGCCAUUUUUCCCAGCCAAAACCGAUUUGCAGUUUAACCUGCGCAGCUGUUAGGUUAGUGUCUCUGUCGCUUCAUUAUUUUCGGCCGUAGUUGGUGAUAGUGCUGUCAAGUGUAGCUGCAGAAUGCGCAGAAAAUGGUACGCCGAACACCCGUUUCAUUGGGAAAGAAAAACUUGUGUAACAGUCAUCGUAAUCUUAUCGUUCAGCUUGUCAACGGACGUAUGGCGGUGACGGUUAUGCGUAACUGAACCGCAGUGAUCGUAGUAAAAGUUACUAUGAUGUUGGCUAUCUCUAAUGUGUGAUGGUGUCGACGCUGUUUUGGGGGGACGGUGUCUACUUCAGAUGCAUUCGCUAUCACAGACUACAAACGAGUUUGGCUUUUUUCCUGUUCGGUUAUUGCUAGUGCAGCGCCAUCUGUUAUCCUGUGUGCGUACUGCUUUGCAUUGGUGUGUGCCAGGGAUGUGUAUGGUUGAGAAGUUUCAUUAAGUGUUUUCGUCCCGUUUUUGUCAUAGCUAGAAGUUAUUGUUCAUUCAAAUAACCUUAACAACACUGCCUUACUCUGUGAAAGUUUACUCGAUCUCUUUUCUAUUUGUUGAUCUUAUCCUCUUGUUUUACUCCAGGUUUGUCCUUUCGUUAUAUGAUUACAUUGAGCUGGGUUGUUUUUCUCUACUGUUUCAGCUACUAAAGUCUGUUUGGUUUGCAGUCUAAUCCAAAAUGUGUCUUCUGUAGUUCUGCAACCUGCACACAAUUUUGAUUCUAUCCAUAAUCAUACCAUGACAUAUGAUUAGGACAAAAUGACAUUGCAUUUAUUGAUGUGCCGCUAUGUGUAUAUUAUAAACCCUGUGUUCCAUGUUGCAGUGAGCAUUCUGAUUUUACACUACUUUCUGAGAAUCAUUGCAUGAUUGUAUUACAUGAGAAUGACAUCCCACUGAGAAUGUACGUCUUACGAUUCGAGUGCUUUAGUUGACGCUUUGAGAAUCUUGUGGAAAUUUCCACAUGACAGUAUUAAGUUUAGGGUGUUGUAACGUGCCAGUACGAGCAUUCCUUAUUCUGAAGACCAUAGACACUUCUGGCAUUCCAUAUCAUCUUCCAUGAUGCAUGUGUAUCUAUGUAUGUAUAUUGAACGAAAUGUAUCUAUUUUUGUUAAUGUUGUUAUUUUUGUUGUGCAGCUUACAUAAGAUGUAUAUUUAUUGUGCUGGCUAUGAUGUAGCGAUAUAUAGAUGUCAACGUGUCUCGUGCUACAAUCAUGCUCUGUGGUAGUUGCGCGCCAUAGCCUGCAUUGGUUGAGCGUUAUUUCGCAGGCAUGGUGUACAAUGUGUGCGAGCUUCCAUCGGCUAAGCAGCUUGCAGAAGUUGUUGCUCAGUUGAGGUGAUCCACACCCGUCUUAGUUAUGCAUUUGAACAUGGGAUGGAUGCUGCGUGUCGGCAACCACUCCCGAUCUCUACUUCGAAAUAUGAUCACAUGCUUUGGUCAUCAAUGAGGCUUUGGCUAUAGUUGUCGCCGCCUCUCCCAUCCCACCUAACUGUGCCAGGUCGCGUGCAAGAAUGCCGCGCCCGUGCGGACUCAUCUUCCAUCCUCUAGCUCAGAACCGAGAAAGGGAAGAAAACAGGGUUGCAAAGGUGUAGCAGUACCCCUGUGUGCGCAGCUGCCAGAAAGUGACUCGUAGCUUCGAUGAGUGGCACCCUCGCUUGCCGUGCUGCGUCAUGCCACCGGAUUGGGCGUCGUCGGGAAGCCGUUGACGAAUCGUAAUAUUCGAGACCAUCUCAUCCGGAACAUAUCAUUGUUGUGUGAAGCCGGGCCCCGAAAACCGGAAAGUUAAAUGUUCAUUUCGCUUAGCGUAACGACGAGCGACGGCGGUUCACGUUAAUGGUACGUAACCGAUAGAGGCAGUUUGUUUCUGCGCCGCGCUUUUAGCGCGUGCGUUUUUCCAUGUCUAAGCUUGAUGCUGUGGAGCCAUUCACUGCCUACUCGCAGUUGCAUGUACGUGUUAGUUUGUAGACUGGCAGACGGUAGCAACUGCAUCGCUUUUGCGAGGGAGGUUCAUCUGAUUGGGUAAAGAUUUUUUUUUAACAGUAUUUAUUGCAGCAAUUGUAUUUCUCAUUGGUCGAUCGAUGUCUUUGAAGGAGGCGGGAACGUGGGGUCGUAGUUGGAUCGUUGUACGAGGGCUGCUUGCGUGCUUUGCGGUAUUCCCUCGGUCACGGCCAUUCGUCACCUGCGAUUAUGGAUCAAUGACGGUCGAUCGACAUUUGAACUUGUUUCGGCAUGUUGAAAUCUCACUAUAUUUUUUACGCCGCUCUAUUUUGAAGAAUAAGGCUUAUUUUUUUCAUUCGUUGAGGGUCUAAAGCUGGAUUCUAAGGGUAAAGGGUACGAUUGCUCUGGGUUUUUUUGUCUUGCUAUUGUGCCAGAUAGUCAACUAGCCGGCAGACGGGAAGAAACGUACGUGGAUGAAUGGGCAUAACUAACUAUCGUUCAGCUGCUAGUUAGCACGGGGAGGUUUUUAGAUCGCCGGCAGUCGAUUGUUGUUGUUGUGUGCGUGAAGCGGCACAAACGUUGCCUGUGGCACGAGACAAUUACAGGGAGCGAACCAUCAGCUUGUCUGUACUGUAGAAGCAACAGACUAGUGCUCGCCACAAUUGCCCAUGCAGCCCCGGCUUGUUUCUGUACAGAGGUAUAUAUUCGAGGUAGAUUUGGUCAGCUUAGGUAGUUGGAGCUUGGUCAGUGGUUCUCGAGUUUUGCGUGUGCGCGCAGUCGUGAGAGGAGGGGAGCGAAGAGAAGAGUCCGCAUAGCCGCCGCGAUUAUUCCAAGGUUGCCGCCUCCGUUUACACUGUAGCCUAAUCACGUUCAGUAGGUUCACGAAUAUGGAAAUGUUUAUAUAUUUUGUGAGGACAUUAGCACUGCAAAUUGUGAAUUUAAUCAUUAGCACGUCCAUUCCAGUGUGUAGUCUAGGCAUCCGGAUGCGGUCUCCGCCAUGUCCCAAACACAGAACACGGGUCUUUAUGUUUAUUUUUUAUUUGUCAUGAGAAAUUUGGGAAGAAUUGUCUAUGCAGAAAAGUCGAUAAAAAUUGCUCUAUUUUCAUUUGCAAAAGCUAUGAAGCUGGUUUUGUUGAGUUCGUUGGUAGGUAGCAGUGAUGCUGAAGUGAGGGAUAUACGAUAUGUAGGUGCAGUGCAACGGCUGUCAGGGUACCAACUAAGCUGAAUGUAACUUAAUUGGUGCCUGGAUGGUUGUAUGCAGGCAUAAUGCAUUAUUUUGUUCACAGCAGAACCACCAGCUACCGUACCUGCGUAUUUCUAGUCUUAUUGUGUUCAUUAACGAUCGCUUUGCACUUGCACAGACAGCAUAUCAUGGUUGCCAGGUUAGCACUGGAUGGAAAAUGGAAUACCAGACUGAUAUUACUGUAUGUAGCCCACCAAUGUGAAAAAGCAUUCUCGAUAUUUUAUGCCAGUUGGUGUGUGGUGUGAAAUAAAAGCUGUGUCGAGUA